AUGACCUCGCAAUCUCAUCUCAUCUCUUGGCUCAAUCGUCCUCAUUUGAGGCCCAUGGAUUCCCUCAAACUGACCAUAAAAGUGUGGAAUUCGAUUGAUUUCAUAAAUCCUACGAAGUACGAGACACUCGUGAAGUACUUUUGCGAGAAAUUGCCGGAUUUGUGCCACCUUCCGGAAAAUGCGGAGUCCGAAGAAUUGUGGGCCAGCGUCCGGGAGUUUUGCCAGCUAAAAAUUCCCGUUGGCGUGGUGACAUUCCAGACGAAGAGCUUCCUCAUUGACACACUGAUUGUGUGUCUUAAAGCAGUAGAUUUGAGGGUGUUUUCUGUCCUCAAGAGCACUUCUGACAAUUCCAGUCUUGCCAGUUUCUUCAGCAGCAACAUUUCGGCUUUUUGCCGGCUGCAGGCAAAGACUCUGGUCUCGUGGAUGGCUGUGCUGGAGCAGACGCAUCGUGAGGAUGGCCUGAGUGAGGACGAGAAGCGAAUCACGGCGGAAUUGUUGAAGAAAAUCCAGGAAUUCUGCCAGCAUCAAGCCAGCAAUUCCGCCUUCCGGGAGAUUUACCUGCGGGAACUUCACCAACAACUCACGGAAUUGGUGAUAUAUCUGCAGAAGAGACGCAUGAAUUGGAAGAGUGAUUUUUUCGGCAUGUUAAGAGGGGUGUUCUUCGGCGAAGACGCAACAAAAUGGUACAGAGAUCAGUUUGAGGCUCCUGAAGGAGCUCAAAACUUCCGUCACGAUCGCCUUGUGUUUACCAAAGAAUCUCUUCACGUCUGUCUGAUGAAUAUUGAAGCGUUCUUCUCGGCUUUCCGCGGACAGAAGGAAUUGUGCGUCAGCUUGGCUGACUUUCUAUUCAGGAAUGUCUUUGUGCCGGGCGAAAUGGAGAUUGAAAGCGUCGUUCUGGGCAUCAGUCAUGUCAUGCUCCUCAUGCGAAGCUACAACAUCAAGCCUGAGGGCGAGAGAAUCAAGAGGCGAAUCCUGACAAUUGUAGAGGAGUUUUCAGAGAGAAACACUCGAGACUGUUUGAUGCUGAUUUUGAGUGCUUUGCGACUGAAUCCUGUGAUCUUUGCGGAUGAUCUCUUGUCACUGCUCGUGAAGUUCCUCUUCUUGCCGAAGAAUGAGUCGAUUUUGAGCGUCUUCAGUCAAUUCUUUGCUCUGUGCCUGGAAACAUUUCACAAAUUGGGGCGUUUCGAGAAGAUGCUCGCCAAAUUGCUAGACACAAUCAAUGUCAAGGCGAUUUCCAUGGAUUUCCCGAAGAAGCUCAAGAGAAAGUUGAAGGAUGACACUGAGAUGUCAGCGAAGAGGCAGAAAAUGAGUGAAUCUGGAGCAUUUCUUGAGCUUCUCUGUGAGAAACAGUCAGAAAAUCGCCACAAAACACUAGUGAAUUGGACGGAGAUUUCAUUCGCCUGGUCAGAUGAGAUUUCCUGGACAUUCUCGAGGAUAAUUCUCACACUUCUACCCAAUGCCAGCUUAUCUGUGUGGAAGACGCUGAUUUUCCAUGCCCAGAACGCUCUCAACACUGCCAAGGACCGUAAAUUUGAUGAGAAUUCACUGUUCUUCCUCGACUUUGCCUCCAAAAUCAUCUGCGCCUAUCUUGAAGGGUGUCGCUUGCUGGAAAAGCCUGCCGAUAUUGCGAAGAAGAUCGACGAGAGGAGACUUCUGAUGAAGACUCUGUUCAAGUGUGUGGAACUUCCGGAAAGACCUCUGAGAGCUUGUCUGGAAAUUUAUCUUCAAAUGCUUGACUUUGAUGCCGCUCUGUUGGUUUAUCGGCCAGAUUCCCUUCCAGAAAAUGACCAGGAAAGCUUCCAGAGAAUUGAGUAUUUGGAUGAGGAAGCCUGGAAAGCGCUUCAGAACAGAAUUACGGAUGGAAACGUAAAUGAAUUGCUGAAUUCUGCACAAUUGAAGCUAUUCAAGUUGAGUCAGAUUGAGAGGACGUCCGAAAGCUUCUUCCCGCAGGACUUGCAAGAUGAAUUGUGGCUAAUCAAGCAACUUUCGCGAGAGCAGAAGAUCGUUCAGGCCCAGAAGAUGACGGGAGAUUUCGAUUUGGAGGUGUUUGAAGACCAGGAAUUCAUGGAAAUCUUCCUUUUGGAUACUUUUCAAAGGAUUUCUGAUGAAAUCCACAGCAAAAAGUUGCCUUUCUGCAAGAUUGACUUCGGUGAAUUGCUUCGCGGUGGGAAUUUUGAUGGACUCCCAGAGACAAUUCUUUCAUCCGUGAAGAUAGUAAAUCUCGAGGGGAAAAUUAAUCGUGUGGAGCUGCAGAAACUCCUGGCAAAAUUGACAAAUUUGCCUUUGGGAUUUCUGGCUAAGGAAGCAAAGACUCAAACAUUAUUCUUCCUCCUAAUUUUGCUUCAUUCGCUCCAGGAUUUUGAGGACUUGAAGGAUAUUUUGCUGCACAUCUUGAGGAAUCUGACAGAAUUGGGCAACGAAGUGGACGUUUUUCGUCACAUUUCCGUGCGAAAAACCAUAGAAAUGUUCCCAAAUGCGGCAAAGCAUAGAAAAAUCUUUGAACUUCUCCUCAAUGCGGCAACAAAUUAUCAGACUGAGGCGAAUCUUGCCGCUUUGGCUGAUUUGCUGCCCUUCCUUGAGGUCGAAAAGAAGCCAAUUUGCAGGAAUUUGUGCUUCAUUGCGGUGCGAAACUUCUCACAAUCGCGCAGAUUUCACAAGUUUGAGAAGGAAAUCCUGCAAAUUGGAUCGAAACUCACUUCAAUGGCGCUGCAAUUGUUCGAAUGCGAGCAGGAAAUUGAUGGAUUGCUGCCGGCUUUUACUGCCACACUCUCUGCUCUGUUCAGCAGCAAAGACAACAGUGCGAAAGUGCACGAGGACGCGGGCAGGAUAGCGAUGAGAUUCAUGUGUAAAGAAGACGGGGGAAAUGCUCUGGAUCUCUUGAAGAUUGUCGUCGAUCGCAGGGAAUCUCUGGCCAUAUCUCGGGAGUCUCUCGCUCCGAUUGUCCUGAGAUUCUGGAAGGGAAUGAAGAUGUGUGAGAAGAUGGCAAACAUUCUCAUGAGUCACUGCACGAAUGAGGAAUUUCAGGAGAUUCUGCAGGCGCUGAAAGAAGAGGAAGGAGUGCAAGAAGUGAUUGUGGUGCUGCGCAAUUUGGGCGGCUGCAACAUGAGUGAGGAGAAAGGAGAGACUUUUGCGGAAUUCUAUGAGCAGAUCAUGUGGGAAAUCACGUCUUCGGCUGCACUUUUGGACAUUCUGCAGUGUCAUGUUGUCGUGGUGAAGAACAAAAAGAUUCCACUUCACAACUCCCUCUUCAGCAACAUGCUGACAUUCCUGUUGGAGAUCAAUCUGAAGCGCCUGAUGAGCAGCAUGAAAGAUUUCUCCGAUCUUCACCUCGGCAUGAUUGAAUUCUGCCAUGCAGUCAAUCAGCAUCGAUCGUCAUGCCUCAAGUUCGCGAUGCCUCAGUUUGUGGCGAUCUUCAAGGGUCUGGUGCACGGUAUCUGUGGCUUUCGCAGCGAGCGGAGCAAGAAGGAUAAGCUGGACAAGGAGGACAUUGAGAUUCUGACUGGUCUGGCGCAUAAACUCGAAGUCAUGAUUGCCUUCAUGGCGUCCAAGAGCAAGAAUGCCAAAAGAGUGGCUCCAUUCAUGCUGGUCUUCGUGAUAAACGAGAUGAUCUACAAUCACAAUUCGGCGACACUAAAUCCAAGUAUAAAAACCCACAUAAACAACAUGUGCCACUCAUUGAUCUCCAUGUGCGACCCAAACUACGGUCAAUUCAUCCUCAGGAGUUGCUCUGAAGCGUCGCGCAGUGUCUACAAGACGCUGCUGAAGGAGUACGAGAAGUACCGCAAGUUCCACGGAAAGGUGUAAGAGACGUU